AUGUGGAAUGAAAAAGACUUUCCUGACAUAAGCAGGCAAAGAAAUGAUAAUAAAUCAGAGAAGGAUAAUGGUGAUAACAGAGAACAAACAAGAGAAGGAAAUAACAUUGAGGGACAAGAGUUAUCUCCUGAUGAAAUUGUGCAAGUAGAAACAGAAGGAGAAGAUGUGCACAAUGAAGAAAUUAUAAACGGAAGAAAGGUGGAAUACGAAGACAACAUGCAAAUCGUAACCGAAGAAAUAGUCAACAGUGAAGAAGACGAGCAAAUGUCAACGGAAAAACUUCAUAAAGAAGGAAAGGGUGAAGGUGAAAAUGGUAUGGAUGUUGAGUCUAUGAGGAAUAUUCCUGAGGAAACCUUAAUAGGGAGUGGAAAGAGAGGCAACAAUACAACUAAAGAAAAGGGUAAUAAGAGUAGGAACGGAGAUAAAAGUCAAAUACCAGUCUGGACUUUGGAGUUCUCUUGUGCACAUUCAGAGCGACAGGUUUUCACGGACAGGUCAGGAAUCACUGACAGGUCUUAUACAGACCUGGAUAUUCUCCACCAUAGUAAGGCCUGCAGACCAGGCCCUCGGCACAAGGUCCAGACAAAUCGUAGUCCCCUCCGCACCUAUCUCCUGGACCCUCUGGAAGAACAAAUCCUGAAGAAACGAAGAAAAUCAGCAUCUGAUGGACAAGCAAAAAAGAAUUUGGACGGAGAACGAUGCCAGGUUGAGAGGCAAGAGAGACUCCUAGGACAGAAGGUAGAAAGAGCUGCAGGUGAAGACCGCAGAGCGGCGCAGAUGGCGAGGCUCAUCCAGGAAGAAAAGGACGCGAGCGAAAAGCGAGAAUCCGGCAGGAAAGACGUGGAGGACAGCCCGCCGAACCGCCCAGGGCGGGCGAGCCGGAGGCCCGCCGAGAUCCCCGGGGCAGUGGGCCAGGAGGCCCGCCGAGGUCCCCGUCCCGGGGGUCGGGCGGGCCAGUCGGCCCGCCGAGAACCACGGGGGCGAGCGGGCCCGGAAGCCAGCCGAGGUCCCCGGGGCGGGCGGGCCAGGAGGCCAGCCGCCCCGAGUUCCCCGGGGCGGGCGAGCCAGAGGCACGCCGAGGUCCCCGGGCGGCCGGAAGGGGCCAGUCGUUCAGCCCAGAGGUCCCCCGGGGCGGGGCGGGCGGCCAGUCGGCCCGCCAAGGUCCCCGGGGGCGGGCGGGCCGAGGCCCGCCGAGGUCCCCGGGGCGGGCGGGCCACUGGCCCGCCGAGGUCCCCCGGGGGCGGGCGGGCCACUGGGCCCGGCCGAGGUCCCCCGCCCGGGGGCGGGCGGGCCACUGGGCCCGUCGAGGUCUCCCGGGGCGGGCGGGCCAGUCGUCCCGCCGAGUUCCCCGGGGCGACUGGCCCGCCGAGUCCCCCGUGGGGCUGGCCGGCCCGAGGUCCCCUUGGGGCGGGCGGGCCACUGGGCCCGCCGAGGUCCCCCAGGGCGGGCGGGCCAGUGACCCCCGGCCGAGGUCCCCACGGGGGCCCCCCCCGGAGGGCCAGUCACCCCGCCGAGGUCCCUGGGGCGGGGCUUGGGCGGGCCACUUUGCCGAGGUCCCCGGGGCUGGCGGGCCACUGGCCCGCCGAGGUCCCCGGGGCGGGCGGGCUAGUCACCCCCGCCGAGUCCCCGGGGCGGAGGGCCAGUCACCCCGCCGAGGUCCCCGGGGCGGGCGGGCCACUUGGCCCGCCGAGGUCCCCAGGGCAGGGCGGGAGGGCCACUGGGCCCGCCGAGGUCCCCGGGGCGUCAAGAGACUCAUAA